AUGGAGGAUGGUCUGGUGGAAGCGUGCGCCCAACUGAGUUUGACGGAGGAGGAGCAAACUGCAGUUAACCUUGAGGAUGUGGUGGAUGAGGUGGUUGAAGAAAAGUCAGAACUCAGCGUUGUGGGGAGGUUGCUGACAAAAAAACCCUACAGUCUAAACCAUAUGAAAAAUGCCCUAGCCAGCGCUUGGCGACUUGCGAAAGGCUUUAAUAUCAGAGAUGUGGGAGACAAUCUUUUUAUUUGUGAGUUUUUUUCUAAGAUUGAUAGAACGAGAAUACUCCGAGAGGGACCGUGGCACUUCGACAAACAAUUAAUAUUGCUAGAACCAGUUAAAGGCAAUAUGCAACCUAAUAAUCUUCUAUUAAUUAGGUGUCCGAUCUGGGUUCGAAUUUAUGACUUACCUCUAAACUUUCGUGGGAAGGCAGCGGUGGAGAAAAUUGGAUCGAAAAUCGGCAGAGUGGAGGAGAGGGAUGAUGAUAACGGGGGAGAUUGGAGUAGAUAUAGCAGAAUUAGGGUGGUGAUAGAUACUAAUAAGCCUCUCAUGAGAGGUAUGACUGCUAUAAACCCGCUAGGCGAGAAAGUUUGGAUAUCAUUCAAAUACGAGCGUAUCCAUAACUACUGCUAUUGGUGUGGGAUGAUGGAUCAUGUAGAGGCUGAAUGUGAAACAAAGCCGGAGCAAACAGAAGUGUCGGAAUGGCCCUAUGGCCCUAUUCUUCGUGCCACACCUCGAAGGAGGAAGUUGAUGGGGAGUCGAAUGUAUAUGGGAACGGGAGGGAGGAGUUGGGAGGCUCAACCGAGGUAUACGUCAUCUAAUGACAAUUUGAGGAACACCGUAAGAAGAAAUCUGUUUGGGGAGGAUGAUGGAAGAGAUGGAGUAGAUGAAGCUGGUGACAGUGACGUGCAAUUGCAUGGAGCUCUAGCUGUUAAUGAACACCAUGCAGGUGACGAGGUAGAUGAGGAAGUUAUUGAGGGCUUGGUGGAAGUUAAUGUGAGUGUGGGACAGAUGGAUGGGUUGGGUAAACAAGAAAGUGGGAAAAUGAAAACAACAAACUUGGCAAAGGGUAGCAGCAGUAAGAAGAAAACGUGGAAUAGAAAUAGUUUUACCAGAAAGGGAGAGAAGGGGAGUGCUAGUGGUACAUCGUUGGUAAUUUCUUCCAAGCGGAAUUAUUCAACAAUCCAGGAGAAUCUAGAGCUGAAUAAUCUUUUCUCAAAAAGAAGUAGAGAUGGGUUAUCGGCCAAGUUUGGAAACAUCGAGAUAUCGGCGGAGGCUGCGGAGCAGUCUCGCCGGACGCAAUGA